GUUGUUGUUUUUUUCCUUUUGGCUGACAGCUCAGCUGACCGGCCGCUGUCAGAAGAGCUGAGCCGUCAUGUCGCUGCAGUUCACGGAUGAGGAGUUUCAGAGCGCCUGGAAGGAGCUGGACGCUCCGCAGCUGGACGGAGGCUGGGAGCUCUUCACCGAGACCAUGGGGGUCCAGAUCCACCGGCUCUACGACAAGGAAACUGGACUUUAUGAGUACAAAGUCUUCGGUGGGCUCGGCAGCUGCAACCCAGAGCUCUGCGCAGACGUCUACAUGGACCUGAUGUAUCGGAAACAUUGGGACGGAUAUGUUAAAGAGCUCUAUGAGAAGGACUUUGGUGGACAAACGGCGAUCUACUGGGAAGUGAAAUACCCGUUUCCUCUGUCAAACAGAGAUUAUGUUUAUGUAAGGGAGCGAAGAGACCUGGACAUUGAUGGGAGAAAGAUCUGGGUGAUUCUGGCCAGGAGUUCACCACAGACGGCCUGUGCAGAGAAGAAAGGUGUGCUGAGAGUCAACGACUACAAGCAGAGCGUCGCCCUGGAGAGCGACGGAGCCAGCGGCACGAAAGACUCUGACCCAACCGUACAGGGGCCUCUGGGAGCUCUCUGUCCUUCCCUCUGCUCCAUUAUUCUCCUCAUGUUGUUCACUGAUGUGUUGCUUUUGUUGCUCCUCCUAGGUGGGUCCAUUUGGCUCUUCUCCCUGACUAAUGUGCGUCUUUCUUUGUUUUGUUUUCUUCCCUUCCAGAGCGGCGUCCCAGGCUUCAUUAAGGAUUUGCAGACGGCCUGUGGCAAUUACAAAACGUACUGCGAGAGGAAAUGAGUGCAGCUGAGUGGGGACGGCGGCCCAAUCUGGAGAGAUUUAAUGAGUUUACUUGCAGCUUUGGGUUCUUUGGGUUCUGGGUGACUUCGGCCGGUCGUCCCGUUUUAUUGGCCGGGCAAAAGGUGAAUCGAUUGUAUCCUGAUGUGCUGUGUUUACCGUGUGAACAAUCACGCACUCCUCUCUCUUUGGCAUGCAGGAACCUUCAGAUGAUUUUUCAUUUUAAUCUAUGUAGACUUGAAGAUGUGACUCAUUCCGUUUGGCUGGAUUGGCUGAGGCAAUCUCCCCUCUGCCUGUUGACCUUUUGUGUUGAAUAGGAGAUUGAAUAUCUUUUAACCUCGACUCCGUUGGGAUGUUUUGCUAUUCCAAAUCACUGGGAUUUUAUUAUUUCUGCAAGGAGGUGAAUUUUCUAAAAACUUUCACAGGUGCAGAACUUUUGCAGCUCAUGGCUUCUUUAUGAUAUGAGAUAUUGGAUUGUUUUAAGGUGAACACCUGUACCUCAAUGUCACUUUCUUCUGCAGCUGUAUUGAUAAAAAUAAAGUCAGUUUUA